UUAAGAUUUCUUUUUGAAAAUUCUGAAGUGUGUAUAUAUGUGUGUAUAUACACAUACGUAUUCACGCUGUCAUGCAAAUUAUUUUUAAUUUUACAAAGGUAGAACAAAAGCAACAUGAAAAUGGGAAACCAAAGUGUCAUCUCAGAGUUCCUCCUCCUGGGCCUGCCCAUCAAGUCAGAGCUGCGGGACCAGUUCUAUGCCCUGUUCCUGCUCAUGUAUGUUACCACCGUCGUGGGGAACCUGCUCAUCAUCGUCCUCAUUCGCCUGGACUCCCGCCUCCACACGCCCAUGUAUUUGUUUCUCAGUAACUUGUCCUUCUCUGACCUCUGCUUCUCCUCUGUCACAAUGCCCAAUCUGCUGCAGAACAUGCAGAGCCAGGUCCCGUCCGUCCCCUAUGCCGGCUGCCUGGCCCAGAUGUACUUCUUCUUGCUUUUUGCAGACCUGGAGAGCUUCCUCCUGGUGGCCAUGGCCUAUGACCGCUAUGUGGCCAUUUGCUUUCCCCUGCACUACACCACCAUCAUGAGCCCCAAGCUCUGUCUCUCCCUGGUGGUGCUGUCCUGGGUGCUAACCACUUUUAUCUCUUUAUUGCACACGCUACUCAUGGCUCGGCUGUCCUUCUGUGCUGAUAAUGUGAUUCCUCACUUUUUCUGUGACAUGUCAGCUCUGCUAAAGUUGGCCUGCUCUGACAUUCAAAUAAAUGAAAUGGUGAUAUUUAUUUUGGGAGGGCUUGUCAUUAUUGUUCCAUUCCUGUUGAUCUUUUUAUCCUAUGCACGGAUUGUGUCCUCCAUCCUCAGGGUCCCUUCUGCCAGGGGCAUCCGCAAGGCCUUCUCCACCUGUGGCUCCCACCUCUCCGUGGUGUCUCUCUUCUACGGGACAAUCAUUGGCCUCUACUUGUGCCCUUCAGACAACAAUUCUACUGUUAAGGAGACUGUCAUGGCCGUGAUGUACACUGUGGUCACCCCUAUGCUGAAUCCCUUCAUCUACAGCCUGAGGAAUCGGGACAUAAAGGGAGCCUUAGGAAGAGUAUUUUCCAAAUGGACGAUUCAGCUUUCUCUGGGACAGGGACUCUAAAGACUAAUGUAUGUUUUCAAACAGUAGGCAUAAUAUUGACAAUGAGUAGUAUUCCGUAAAGUCUAGUAAGCACCAAGCUAAUGCAGCCCAGGGGGUUUUCUCAUUGUCACUAGGGGUGGGUCCAUCUCACAUCCUGGGUUUACCACAGAAUCUGGGGGGUGAUGUAGCACAAGGACUGACAUGUAGUGGACACUUGGCAAUUAUUAUUCAAAUUUGAAUAAAUAUCACUCUAACGCUAGUGUUUACUGCACUCAGAGAAAGUACAGUAGUUCUUAAUUCUCUAAUAAAUAAAUCCAAAUUUCUCAGCCCCUUCAGUGCUUUGCUUCUGCCAAACAUGUUUAUUUCAUGAAGAAUGUC